GUUUUCUCUUCACGCCAUUUUUUUCUCCUGGCCCUGGCCCUAUCUGGCGCCCAACGUCUGUCCUGACUGCCGCGCGGUGUUGUUUUGAACGUUUCGCUGUGCAGUCAAGCACUUUCAUCAUGAUAUUUUAUUUUGUUGUACUAGUCGCUAUUUGUGGAGAUGCUUUUGCCAGCCGCCAUAAAUAUAACUGUUCGGACCAUUCAGCAAAUGCAAGUGUUGAUAAUCAACAUUUUACGUGCGUGACAAAUGGAACAUACAAUUUUGUGAUUGAGUCCAAAGGCCCAGGGUUGUACCUUAGUAUGAAACUGACAAUGUUCUCAGGAGAUACCUUCUCUUUGAGCAGCAAUAGAAGUGGAAAUGCUUCUCAAAAUAUCAUAACCCUGAAAGGAGAGCAGCACUCAUAUCCUGUUACAUACUUCAUUCCUGCAAGUAUUGUGACAAUUUCUACUACUGUGAAUGAGAGCAGCAAGGUAUCUAGAACAUUCACCGGCAUGUUCCAUGAAGGUUGCAAUGCCAAUAUAUCAUCAAGCACCCCUGUGUACCAUUUUCCUCCUUAUGUCAAUGGCAGUGGGGUUGUGGUAUGCCACAUCACAAUCCAUGCUUCAGAUUCGAAAGAACAUAAUGUAUAUGCAUCACUGGACUCUGUCAACCUCAAGGGAAGGAGCACCAUCAACAUAACUGGGAAACCAGCUAUGUUUCCUGCAAUUUUGAAAGCUGGAGAAUCGCCUCGGUUCGACUUCAUCGCUGAAUCUAUCCAACUUGAUCUCACCCUGGACCUGAGCAUUGCGAACCAAAGUGGCACUGUCCUUCUCGACGCUGUUUACAAAAAUUGCAGUGGCAUGAUCGAGAUGUUAUCGGAUUCUGCAGACGUGCUUUAUCUGCCAUCGAACUUGAAUGACUACCUUCUGCAACGUCUCAACUGUCGCUGGGUGAUCCGUGGCCCAGAUAACAACUUUCUUGGCUUAGAUGUGCUUGGUUUUUCACUCGCUGGUGCCCAGGACCUCUUAGUUGUCACAGAUGGUGGCAGGAGGGACUCACCUGUUGUCCUGCAAGCCUCGCAGGGUGAUGCACAGCAUGUUACUGGCCUUGUCUCUCGUACCUCUAGCAAGUACAUGUGGAUUUCAUUGACGGUUUCCGAGUACAACACCAGUGACACUUUCGCUGCUCGAGCCAGUGUAUCAGCUGAAGGAGGCCACUAUCGUGAUGAGGCACUUAAUGUGCACAUUACUGAAGCAAGCAAGGACUCUGUCUAUCUCCUCGAAGUGAAACCAGAGAAGCAGAUCCUCCUGUCUGUAAAGGCAUCACUCCAGAGCAGUGCUUCAGUUGAGGUGGUGUCGGACUUUUACAAAAAUGAUCCAGUGCUUCAGAAGUUUUCUGCGGGAACUGAAGGCUACCCUGUAGCAUCCCUCAAUAACCGGCUGAUGCUCAGAGCCCAAGGCUUUAUGAAGGGGGAUACCUUCAUGUUCAAUUUUACUGGUGUUGAGCCAGGUUGUCAUUCAACAACUCUUGGUACAAGAGGAUUUUACAGCUUGUCCGACACAUGCAGUGCUUUUUGCUCAUGGGCCAUUAAUCCUUCCAACAGUUCAGAGAAAACGGAGAAGUUCACUCUGACACUUAAUCAUCUGGAUCUUGACAAGAAUGACACUGUUUCCAUAAGUUCAUUAUCGCAGCCACACAAGCCUGUGCUGCAACUAAAUACAUCAUUUUCUUCGUUGGCACCUGUGGAAAUGAGCUCUGUUAAUGGUGCCUAUGUAAUAAUCAAACGCAACAAAUGUGCUCAGGCAAACAGGACAGUUGCUGCUGGUUCUCUGUCUGGUGUCUUAGGUUCAAGCUUUGCUCCAAAGUUGGUUCCAGGAGUUAGCUACUCCUUCAAGUCUCCAAUGUUCCCUAACCAAUAUCCCCUGAAUAGCACCCGCUCGUGGACUUUUAAUGGAACAGGCAUUGGUGGAUUUCACUUGACCUUCUCAUCUAUGGACAUUGCUCAGGGCCAUACCUUAAACCUUGCAAGUGGAAACCAGUCUGUACCAUUGGCAGGGUCUACCCUUCCUGCUGAUAUCGUCCUCGAAAAGUCAAAAUUGUAUGCAGAGUUUUCAGCUCCUGUUCAUCAAGGAUAUACAACUGGUUAUGGAUUUGAUGCACUUUUAACACCACUUGAUAUUGUCCAGGUUGUUGGUAAAGAAAGCGGCCAAGUGGCAACACCAUCAUUCCCUGCUCUCAUCAAUGACAGUAAAACUAUAUUGUGGUCUGUCUAUGUUCCCAACUUUGAACCCAAGAAGAUCUCAGUAGCCAUACUGUUCAACGUAUCCCAUCUGCACAAAUCUGCAAAAGCUCCAGGGACUCUGACUGUGUAUGAUGGGAGCAGUGUUAGGAGCCCUGUUCUGGGGAAUGUGACAGGAGAAAACCUGCUGAGCCGUACUGAUACAAUCCUGGUGAAGUUUGUCACUGUGGCUGGAAAUGAAUCUGGUGCUGCUUUGCAGCUUAAUUUCACCACUUACAGGUGUAAUGUGUCAGACACAUGCAACAACAGCAAGAUCUGUAUCCAUGAAGAUUGGCGUUGCAACGGCAUUAAUGACUGCGGUGAUAACACUGAUGAGGUGGGCUGUGGUUAUCAUCCAACGCCUGCACCAUCACCCACCACUCCAAGCCCACCCGGACCAACCCCUUCCAAAGGUGGAGUUUCAGUGGCUGCUUUUGUCAUCACAGUUCUGCUGGCACUGGUGAUAGGAGCCGCUGGAGCCCUCUUUGUGCCAGUAUUGGUGCGGCGGUACCGAGCAUAUCGGUACUCUCGUUUUUCAAAUGUUGCAGUCUCCGAAUAAUUUAACUUGUCUUCUGGGUUUCCUGUAGGGCUGCAAGUUUUCUUUGAUUAAAUAGUGGCAAAUCUUUAGUAAGUUGCCACUCAUCCUUAUUGCCAGCAUCAUGUGUGUAAUGUGAUAUCCUUUUCUUGACGUUGGUGGAAAUGGAGACAAACUGGAGCUCUGAUUUUUCACCCAUUGUAUUGCAUGAUAUGCAUUUAUUUUUUGUGCUAUUCUUGGUUCAGUUUGUCUAGAGUAAUCUCUCAUGCAUUUUCUUGAUCUAAAGUAAUGUUUUCUUUCUCUAGUUUUGUGGUUGUUGGUAGUUGAACAUUUUAGCCAUUUUUGUGGUUGUUGGUAGUUGAACAUUUUAGCCAUUUUUGCACUGUCUGCAGGAGAUAAUGAUGUUGGUUUGCUGGCAUAACAGGCAUUGUGAUAACUGUUGCUUUCCUAUUGAUGCCAGUUUUUUUUUUUAAGAUUAGACAUUGUCUGCACGAUUGUAAUACAUAUGCAGUGUGAAUUUGUUAUAUGUGAAUAAAGGUGUAUUCAAGAUUCUA